CCCUAGCCAGAUUCAGCAGGAUGCCGAGCUUAGCCAGCGCAGCCAGGCAGGACCGGCUGAAGAAGGGGGGUAGCAGGGCUGCCAUCCCAGCACUCUUUACCAUCAAUGAGGAGGACGAGCAGCAGAAGAGUGGCACGUCCAGGAAGCAGAAAGGCGGCGACUCGCAGCCUAAAUCGGACGACAAGAAAUCAUCCUGUCGGCCUACUUCUGCGGCUGGGCCAGGACAGAACAGCAACAAUGCUGGCAGCAAACCAGAGCCUCUGGUGUUAAAGAUUGAUGAAAGACAGAAGCUAGCCCGCGAGAGGAGGGAGGAGAGGGAAAAACAGAUCGCGGCGCGCGAGUCCAUCUGGCUGCAGAGGGAGGAGCGGGCUAAGCAGUACUAUGAGAAACACCUGGAGGAGCGGCGGAAGAGGCUGGAGGAGCAGAGGGUGAAGGAGGAGAAGAGACGGGCAGCUGUGGAGGAGAAGCGACGAUUGAGGCUGGAGGAGGAGAAGGUACGCCAUGAAGCGGUGAUACGGCGGACUCUGGAGAGGAGCCAGAGGGCCAAGCAGAAGCCCAACCGCUGGUCCUGGGGCGGGCCACUGCAUGGAAACACCGCCCACACCAGUGAUGCAGACAGGAGGUCAGUUUCCACCAUGAACCUUUCCAAACAUGCAGAGCCAGUCAUAACAAAGCGGCUGUCAUCUUCCUCCGCGACACUCUUAAACUCUCCGGACAGAGCCAUGCGCCGCCUGCCGCUCACCCCGUGGGAGAGCACCAUGGUCAGUCGCCUGCAGACCCCAACGCACUCCUACCUGGCCAGAAGCAGGAGCGCUGCCUCACUGUCAGGGGAAGCAGCAUCUUGUCACCCCAUGACUGCCACGUCCUUCAAGUCUCUGCAGUGCCGCAGCAUGGAACGCCCCAGGAUGGCUCUGUCCAGCCUGGACAGUGUGAACCGCCGGAGGAGUGCCCACCCCACCACGGGCGAUAAACGAGAGAAAGAAAAGAACUACAUGAGGAAGUCUUGGAGCAACCUCUCCACUUCUACCCCUGCUGACGGAAAGCGCUCACAGUCUCUUGGUAACCAAAGGAGCAGGGUCAAAGCGCCCUCACCUGUGAGGACCACACAGAAACCUCACCCAAGGCCCCCCACCCCAAAGCAGGUGAAGGCUCCACCCCAGCCCCCACCUCCACCCCCAGCAGAGGAGGUCCCCUCACCCAGCUUGCCCCUCUCCCCUGGGAACGUGCGACCGGUGAGGGCGGUGGAGGAGAGCCCCAGGGAGGAGCCGGAGGAGGGGGAAGGGAAGGGAGAGGAGACCCAGGCCCCCGACAGACCAAACCCAGAGUCGGCAACACCUGCCAAAGAGCCCCCCAGCGACUCUGUCCAGGCCUCGCGCUCUGUGGCGACCCCUCCCGCUGCCAUGGGUAAGCCCUCAGCGGGCACCACCGACCCCGAGGAGGCCACACGCCUGCUGGCGGAGAAGAGACGGCAGGCCCGCGAGCAGAAAGAGAGGGAGGAGGAGGAGAGGAGGCAGAUGGAGGAGGCAGAGAGGCGCAGCAGGGAGGAGAUGGCACGCAGGAAGGCGGAGGAGCGGGUGCGGCGAGAGGAGGAGGCCCAGCGUCUGGCAGAGGAGAGGCAGAAGAGGGAGGAGGAGGAGAAGCGUGCCGAGGAAGAGCGACUCCAGAGGGAGAGGGAGGAGGCAGAGCGUCUCCAGAAACAGAAAGAGGAGGAGGAGGCCCGCCUCAGGGAGGAGGCAGAGCGGCUGAGGCUGGAGAGAGAGAAACACUUCCAGAAGGAGGAGGCAGAGCGGCUGGAGAGGAAGAAGCGUCUGGAGGAAAUAAUGAAACGAACACGAAGAUCAGAGCCUGCAGAGAAGAAAUCUGUUCCACAGAGGAAUGGAGAGUUCUCUCAGCAGAAGGCGGAGUUAACAGCACUGACUCCAGAGCCCACGUCACCCUCGGUGACAGUGACAGAGCCAGAGCAGACACCGGUGUCCCACCACAGCAGCCGCAAUGGCCAUGGGGCCCUCGGCCCCUCACCCCCGCUGCCCACCAUUAUGGAGAGUCCUUCAGCAAAUGAAGUCGAACCAAAAGAGAACGGCAUUCUGACACAGAAUGACACUUUUGAAGAGGUGAUCAAUCUGCCAGUUGGAACCAAAAUAUCCAGGUUGGACAUGGGUGAUGAGGAGGAUCUCAUUCCUGUCGUGGCAUUCAAAGAGAAUGGAUCCCUGAGGCCACUGGCCAGCAUGGAGGAUGUCCAGGCACAUCAAAGAGCAGAACCACCCUAAGUGCCUUGCAGGUAAGCUGUGAAUUCAUGGCAUUCCUAUGCAGACGUUAUCUGAGAGCCUCUGCUGAAGGAGUUGGAUGGCUAAGCUGCAAUCCUUUUUUCCCUUCCUGGUGAAGAAGGCAGCCAUUUUCUUAAACUGGCACUUUGAGAAAACACUUGAAACAUUUUUCUGUCAUGGAGGACUGCUUAAAAGCUCAAAAACCCUUUCCUAUUUUGGUAGUCAGACGACAGCUCUCUGUCCGGUUGAUCACGCUUUCGUGUGCUUUUGUGUUAAAAAAAAUUCUUCCCACCUGCUCCUAGGAAGAUUGGCCACAGAAGACAUGUUUUGUUUCGUGAUUGUGCUUGGCAGAGGGGAGUAAAUUUUCUUGGGUGUUACUAAUAACUGUACAUUGAAAUCAGUUGUAAUGUCCUCUUAUCUAAUACUUGAAUUCCUCGUCGCUGUAGACGUAGCAAGGCAAUGAGGUACUGUUAUAAACCUAGUGGGUUAAAUGUGAUGGCAAGUGGAAGGUGCAUUGGGGUAAAAUGCUGUUUUCUCUCAGUAAACCAGGAAAAGUUGUGUGUACUGCUGAUUUCGCCUAGUUUUUUAAUCUGUAAAACGUGAAUAGUUCUU